AUGGCGUCUUCUUCUCACGACCUUUUAGACGAAUCAUUUGAUGAUGCAUUUGAUGAUGCAUUUGAUGAAUUCUUUGAUCAGCAAUUUGAUCAAACUUUUCAGAAUUUGACCAUUCAAAUUGAUCAAGAAGAACGAAGGAAAAAAAGGAAAAAACGAGCUUAUAUCGAAAGAAAUCGUGAAGAAGGCAAUGUACGUUUAUGGAAUGAUUAUUUCAGUGAAACGCCAACGUAUCCUGCAACUUAUUUCCGACGACGUUUUAGAAUGAACAAGUCAUUGUUCACGCACAUUGUUGAUCGACUCUCGAACGAAGUUGACUUCUUUCGCCAAAAGAGAGAUGGUCUUGGAAGGCUUGGUCUCUCGGCACUCCAAAAGUGUACAGCAGCUAUCCGUGUUUUGGCAUAUGGUACUGCGGCGGAUGCGGUCGACGAAUACCUCCGGCUCGGUGAAACGACAACUCGGUCAUGUGUCGAGAAUUUUGUGGAGGGAAUACUUUAUUUGUUCGGAGAUGAAUACCUACGAAAACCAACACCGGCUGAUCUUCAACGUCUACUUGAUGUUGGAGAGUAUCGUGGAUUUCCCGGGAUGAUAGGAAGCAUCGAUUGUACCUUAAAUGAUAUUAAUGUUCUUGAUCGCUCUCCUGUUUUUGACGAUAUAAUAAAUGGCCAAGCUCCCCAAGUGACUUACUCUGUCAAUGGAAGAGAGUAUCACUUGGCUUACUAUCUCACCGAUGGUAUCUAUCCGAAAUGGGCAACUUUUAUCCAAUCUAUUUCACUGCCACAAAGUCCGAAAGCAGUGUUAUUUGCGCAAUACCAAGAAGCUGUCCGAAAAGAUGUAGAGCGUGCUUUUGGAGUCUUGCAAGCUCGGUUUGCCAUCAUUAAAAAUCCAGCACUUUUUUGGGAUAAAGUCAAAAUUGGUAAGAUUAUGAGGGCUUGUAUCAUACUCCAUAAUAUGAUUGUGGAAAACGAACGAGAUGGAAACACUCAAUUUGAUGUUUCCGGGUUCCAACAAGGAGAUGAUACUGGAAAUUCGCAUGUCGAUCUCACGUACUCUACAGAUAUCCCUACAAAUAUCGCCAAUAUGAUGGGUGUUCGAACUAGAAUUCGUGAUCGACAAAAGCAUGAACAACUGAAAGGUGAUUUGGUUGAACAUGUAUGGCGUAAAUAUGGAGGUGAUGAUGACAACCAAUGA